GGCAAUUCGUUCCUACACCCUUGUGAACAACAACUGCAAAGACUCGUUACUGGCCAGUUUAAGCCCUUCUUAAUCAUGCUUAUGUGGCUUGGCCUGGAUGAUGUAUGAAGCGAGUUGAAUGUCAUAGUACACACCGUCUUGCCUUUUAAUAGUCCCCGUCUCAGCCUUUCCGGUUACUGCACCUUGUAUCUUUCUGAAAGCCUUGUUGCUUCUCACUUAUCGUGGUUUUCGUGGAAACUCCUCUCAAAGCCUUGUCACUGUGAUAGUACUGUACUAUUUCUCUGGUGGUGAACUUUGUCGUCUGGGUCUGUCGAGUCACAAAGAGCUACAGAUACGCUAUAAACACCGACACACCUAACAUCUCAGCAACGCCUUCAUCGAAAAGAUAACACGAUGGCUGUGAUCUGGGGUCUUGACCUUCGAGACAUGAAAUGGGGAAAGUUCAAGAGCUCGUACAUGUUCGGUAAUAGGGACUACCAUUUACGAAGGACGAAGUUCGUGGUCUACCAAAUUGCCAUGAUAUGCUGCGUUGUCUCCGAGUCUAUCGGUACCGCCGCUCUCACAGACUAUGUGAAGCAACAAUCAAGAAUAGAACGCCUCCAUUCGUCGGCGGCAGUGCACAACGACGACUUUGUCGGCAUUGCGUCCUACAACAUCUUCGUCGGUAUCGCCGUCGCCACGAUCUUCGGCGCCGCCUUCUUCUUCGACCUCUUCUUCCCGGAACGUUAUGAACCCCGCAACAUCCGGUGGUCCUGGAGAGUCAGCGCCUUGAUCGUCACCCUCAUGACAUUUGCGGAUGCCAUAGCCUUGACAGUCAUCGUGGCUACGGGCCAUGCGUGGAUCUCGGCCAACUCCCAGGACGCCGCGGAGAUCGCGCAGAAGGCCCUCAAUCCGCCACUGCGAUACCGAGACAACGGACGAGCCAUCGCUAGUGUGGUAUUCCUCUGGGUUGGUCUGGUAGGGACGAUUGCAAGUUGCAUUAUCUUGUGGCUAUACUACCAGCACCUCGAUACAUAUGGUCCUAAAUCUCACACGGCACGUAUGCGAGAUGAGAUCGACAAGAGCAUCCUCAAGACUGAGCGAGCCAACGACGACACGACUGCCAGAGAACAGGCGUACAAGUAUGGUAUUUAGAUUGUCCGGCGGCCCGUUGACAAUGUUACUGGAAUGUCCCCCCACUAGCGAUACUCUUCAUCCCAGAGAGCGAUCAUCUACCGGAUGAAAGUUCUGGACAUUCUCGCUCACAAACACACUCGACGCCUUGCUUACAUCGGCUUACUCAGAGAGGCCAGCGACCAGCAUUCUCAAUACGGAUUCUUUCGGGUUUCCUUUGGGUCCAAGUACGACCGAUGUGAAUCAAUUGGGCACACUUCUUCACAGUCAUCAGGACUGUUAUGAACUGUCCUUUCUUUCUGCUUUCUAUAUGUUAUGCUGGAUUAUCAGACACAAGGCGAUCCCAAAGCGGAAAAUGGUCUUUGCUUUUUUUUCUGUUCUGUCGGAAUCAACCGGCCUGGUUCUGAUGAUUGAUUUGUUAUGAGUAUGAGAUACGAGGCUGCAUAAGCGGGAGUUCCGGAUAAGCAUAUGGGGUCCUCAGAUAGUGAUCGGCAUAGAUGACUCAGUCCCAGGGACGUUGUACUAUGAUAUCAAUAUGUGAAUUGAACGAGUACGAACCAAUGCGGGUCAUCGAUGUCUUGGACUGACAAAGAUCUCGACCCAUUGACCUCAGAUGUGGACGAGUACCUCCGCCGCCUUUGCAACAACGGCUCCCGUCGAUUCCAUGGCCUCCUGUCCUGCUUAGUGUAGCACCGUCGGUUGCCAUCAUGAUAUUAAGCCACAUGCAUCACUCCAGGCUUUGGGCAUCGAGGGCUUGUCAGUAGUUCAACAACAGAAUGCCACGUAGCCGUCUCGUCUCUUGGAGCAGAGAUGUACACAGAUUCCCUCUAGUGACUGACGAGGCAACAUAAGUAACUAUGUGCGGAGUAGGCCAGAUGAGCAUAGAAGAUAAUCCAAAGGGCGGACAUUUCACAGGGAGUGUACACUGUAAGCCACAUGGAGGGGCAAUGUCCUCACGAAAUCGAUACUCGGCGCCGAAGCAUCCUAUAGUUAUCCCCAAGGCAUCCCUGGUCGCUCAAUGGUCGCAGUGGUGGAAGUGUGCACUCCAAGGCCGUCAGAGUGAUUCAUAGGGUGUUGAGAGGACGCUGCCAGACCAAGAGACACCUGAUCACUCUGUGCUAUCUAGAUACCGCAAGAUCGAUCCAAGAAAAUGAUGCCCGAUGGGAGCUGAGCCCAAGUCCAUGGCGGACCUCCGGGUGUACCCCGUACUUACAGCGUACUUAGGUACCAGCGAGGUGUGAAGUCGUGGAUGGAUUGGUGCUCCUCGUGGGAAUGAUAAUGAUAUCGUACCUUCCUCUUACGGUAAACAAAGCUGCCUGAUCAGGACGAAACCAAAGUUUUGCUCAGCCAACAAGAGAGAAAGUGAGAGAUUUCGUAAAUUUCCGCCCUCUGGGUAAUGCCCAAGCCUGUUUACCUUAUUACUUAGUUUAUUAGUGCAAU